AUGACUGAAAGGAGACUCAUCGUGAUGAAAGGGACUCAAACUUUCUAUCUGCUUUUUAUCUCAGGACUUUGCUCCUAUGCACUGGGAUCGUCAGAAUUUCACCUGAACACUGUUUCUAAGACCUACGCAGACGCAAAGACCUACUGCAGAGAGAUGUACAGUGAUUUAGCUACAGUUCACAACUCCACCGACAUGGAUAGUUUGAUCGCUUUAGUUCCAAAUAGCAUUCUCAGAGCCUGGAUAGGUCUGGAGAUUGGAGAUGUGAGGACAUGGCACUGGUCCCAGUCUGGUCAACAACUGGGUUUCCUGAACUGGAGGGAAGGAGAACCGCAAGCAAAGGAUGAAGACGCCUGUGGAGCAAUGGAUCAACAUGGGAAAUGGUUUGAAAGUGACUGUGGAGUUAAAAGACAGUUCGUUUGUCAUGGUAACAGUGAUAACCGUGCUCUCACAUUUGUUGCCGAGACCAAAUCAUGGAGGGACGCUCAGAAACACUGCAGGGACUUAUCGUCUGAUCUGAUCAGCAUACACUCAGCAGAAGAAAAUGAGGCUGUACGUAAUGUGUCCAUGUCACAAAAUAUGUGGCUCGGCCUCUUCAGAGACCCCUGGAAGUGGUCUGAUGGGAGCAACUCAUCAUUCCGCUACUGGAAUAAAGGAAACCUGAUACUGAUCCAGGAGAAUAAGACCUGGAGUGAAGCUCUGAGCUACUGCAGGCAGCACCAUGUAGACCUGGUCCACAUCACCACCGAACACAUUCAGGGAACGGCGGCUGAAACGGCAAAGAACGCCACUUCAGCUCAUGUUUGGCUCGGUCUACGCUACACAUGUAAAUUUAACUUCUGGUUCUGGACUAAGUUCUCUCCUGGCUGUUACCAGAACUGGGCCCCGGGACAAGGACCUGAAGGGAAAUAUGGCUGUGGUGUAACAGGUGCCAUUGAAUCCACUGGGAGGCAGCAGUGGGUCGGCCUGUCUGAGACAGAAACACUGAACUUCAUCUGCUCCACAUGCACUGGAUGA